UCGGAGAAUUUUACUACCACGGUUAAUGCCACAAAUCAAGAGGGCAAAGUGAACGGCAUGGGACUCACACCAAUCUUAACGAACCUGGGUCCGAUUCCUGCGUCUGAGAGGUUUACUGGCAAUAACUGCACAUGCAGAUGAUACAGCGGGGGAAAUGGGGAAGAGUUUUGUUGGUAAAUCGUAAACGUUAAAGGUUGGUUGAUUUGCCAAACCCUCGUUCAAGCUCGCAACAAAACAUGACAAGCCUGUCGCGGUUUAGUGGCUGCCCUCUUUCUUGCGUCAACCCUGGGGAGAGCAAUACUGAACCCAGCAUGGUGCUGCCACCUUUGGCAGAGGAGCACAUGGGGCACCCCACUGGCAGUUCCUUAAAACUCUGCCCCUCGCAAAAUUUGCGAGACUACCACGAGACGAGGGCCAGUGCAUAUGUUGACCACUCGGUUACCCAUUUUCCAGACACUGGAUACACCAGUCAUCGCUUAGAACCAAGUCCUAGGGGCAUUAUCAUUGGGACAAAUCUGACAGCAGCAGGCAUGCCACCAGUAACUGAUCAGCUGGCUCCGAGACCUAACCAACAUGGCAAUAUUGGAAGGUACCGUGACCUCCACAGCUAUAGGGAUGGCAGGAGCCACGCGUUCUUCACCACGUAUCAAGAGCAGGCCCAUGGCUCGUCAGACGGAACCCGAGAUCUCAGCAGCCAAAUGAUGUUGGGUCUUCCCGGAGAUCUUCUCUCGCGGACGCACCCGUAUGGGCAGUCGGUCAAUGGCCCCAGGGCCAACAGCCAGCAGCUAGUCACCCAGUUCUUGGAGUUCUAUAAGCCACUGAAUAUGGCCAUGCAACGAGGAGGGGGUGACGCCUUCCUGAGGAGCUCCAGGCAGAACCCGAAGCACGAGCUCGUGUGUAAGUGGAGUGACGGCCAAGAAGGCACUGGCAAGCCGCCCUGCGCCAGGAGUUUUGGGACCAUGUAUGAACUCGUCACCCAUGUGACGAUUGAGCAUGUCGGAGGACCGGAGCACUCUGACUACGUUUGUCACUGGGAGAACUGCCCAAGAGACAGAAAGCCCUUCAAAGCCAAAUACAAGCUGGUCAACCACGUCAGAGUGCACACUGGAGAAAAGCCCUUUCCCUGCCCUUUUCAUGGAUGUGAAAAAGUUUUUGCCAGAUCCGAAAACCUCAAGAUACACAAGAGAACGCAUACAGGUGAGAAACCGUUUAAAUGCGAGUUUGAGGGCUGCAAUCGGAGAUUCGCAAACAGCAGUGACCGGAAGAAGCAUUCUCACGUUCACUCCAGCGAUAAACCCUACACGUGCAAGGUCAGAGGCUGCGAAAAAUGUUACACACACCCCAGCUCCUUGCGCAAACACAUGAAACUCCAUUGCAAGGCCUACAUUGCCAAAAUCGGUGAAGACGACGAGCACUUUGUUGAGGCCAGGUCUCUUGAGGUGGCAGAACAGCAAGAAACACCCGCCUCUACAGUGACGGGAUCGAUGACGACUCCCUCCCAAGAGACUCUGUCUCCUGAGACGCGAAAUGAGUCGACUAUGAGGUCACGUUUCCAUCACACUUUUGAAAACAGUUUGGACUAUACAGCUCACAGGCCACAGUCCCUUUUGGACCCUCUGUUGCUACAACGGGGCAAUUAUAGACCCGAGUCUGUGCAAUACUCAUGCAACCAACCAAGCCAUACUUUCCCACCUAGCCAUAGAACUUUUACGUCCAACUCAUCUUUUCAAAAAAGUCUGGUAAAUGGCUGGUACACUUGUCAUAGCGCCGUGGACACAUUUUCACACAAACACUGACUGAUGUAGCCUAUAAUGUGAUUCGGCCUUGUACUCGGCGUGUUAAAGCGUGACGGAUGACAGCCGAAGUUUUAGUAACUCCUUGUGUAAAAUUGUCCUACAGGCUUACAAAAUAGGAUAGUGCAAUUUGUUACUUUACGUGAACUUUAUCUGUUGUGUUCUUGUAUUGGUGAGACGUCGGUGACGGUGAAUUUUCCUAAACUGUAAAUAGCUUAUUUAACCUUUAUUACUAAAUGUCUAUAAAAGUUAGGCUAUAGAUAAGUUGCCAAAAUAAAAUUCUUAUAUGAAAUAUAAAAUAUCUGUAAACAAGAUAUCAACAGACGGAGUAGAAUACAUUUCUAAAUAAUAAAAUUAAGUUAUUUCUGCACAGAAAAAAGGGCGAGGGCCUAUUCCGAGGAGGCAGGACCUAUAGUGGAAAUGAGAGAUUUAUCUCUUGAAAAGUUAUUCAUGAAGUUAAUAACAUGUGAUUUUUUUUUGUAAAGUAGUCUACAACAUGUAAUUUAUAGCCUAUGUAUUUUCUGUCACCGCUUAAAUUUUGGUCGCAGGUUAUUACAAUAAAAAUAUAUAUCGUUUGUCUUUAUGUGUGUGAAGGUGACCUGGACGCGGCCUAUUAUUUUAAGAUAUUCUCACUAUUGGGUGCAUUUUUAUACCUCAAUAAUUCUAGUAGCUAUAACAGUCAUCAGUCCCCUUCAUGAGAAUGGUUUAAUUAAGAUUCUACUGUAUAUACUGUACAAUUAAUUAUGUAUUCAAAGUUUCAUUAAAGUAGCCUAUCUCUAUUCUCUUUGAUCAGGCUUGUGAUUUAAACUUCAUGCUUCUCAAAAGAAAAGUACGUGCGUGAGUUCAGUAAGCUUUUGGAUUUUAUCUGCCUGUUAAUUUCACGAAUACAACAUAGGUGUGUUUAAAAAAAAAAUUAAAAAGAGAGUAUAUAUAGCCUACUAGGCCUAUAGGCUUUUUAUAUAUGCCUACUUUUAGUACUUUUCAGAUUUGUACAAUGUCCAAAAUAUUUAUUUUGAGAAAGAAAGCGUUUUCAGUGAAGGCGAUUUCGCGGCCAAAGUCACCUCAAAUGAACUCCGGCAGGUUCCAAUUUAACAGCCAGUUUAACUCGUCGUGACUGUAUUCUUUUAUGCGAACUGUAAUUUCGUUUACUAUUAACUUUUAUUAAAACUGCAAUAUGACAGGGCAUGAAUACGGUGUGAGCGAGGAUAUUGGCCUUGUUCUACCUGCACGCAUGCAAGUUGCUUAUUGUACGAAUGUGUUGGUUUUCAAUUGAAUGAAAAUGAGCGCAAAUCCCAACGCAUAAUUGACUGUAAUCUGUCCUCUGUAUAAGAACCAAAAUGGCAAAUUUGAAAAAAAGCAGUAAGUUUGGUAUUGAGGAAAUGUUAAUGCACAUACUGAAAUCACUUUCAGUACACCAGUUGCAUAAAUAAAGUGCUAGUGCAUAUUUUCUGCUUUGUGCUCAAACUCAAUACUGUCCCAAUUUUUUAAUUGAUUCUGUAUAUUUUGAAAAAUCUGAACAUGAGCUGUAAGGCUCUAAAGGCUGCAAAGAUGAAACUUGGGGCCUUCGGUAUGGUGCUACCAUUGGAAUAUUGAGAUCCAAAGGUUGUUUUAUAGUUUCUUAUAUAAGUAUUGUUACUCAGAUAGUUUGCACUUUUUUAUGCUAUUUUAUGCUCCGGUUUUGCCAGGAUUUUUGUGCAUGUGUGUAUUGUGGUGGUAGGAUAGUUUAGGGUGUGAAGCAGCUAAAAUGACUAUGUAUUGCAUUUUAAAAGACUAAUUUCUUUCCUGGUUGGUUAAUACAAUAAUACAUUUAAUUCAUAGUUUAAGAGCCCAGUUCCCACUGUCAAGGAUGGUGCCUCAGGCACCAAUCAUUAUAACCUACUUAUAGAGAGAAACUAGUGAAAAAUCGGGUGACCACAGAAUACAGUGAACCUGUGUUUUGGGGACUAAGGCUUGAGAAAAACAGGUUUAACUGGGGGAAAAGGUGACUACCGAGGCUUUUGACCCUGUGCGGCUUCUGACAUAUUUUUUCAGUUUAUUCAUUUAGCUAUUGUGAAUAACCUUAGAAAGGUCAUAGGGCAAAUGUAAAUCUGUCUCUCCAAUGAAACUUCAUACCAUCAGCGCCAGACUGUGGUUUAAAGCAAGUUGUUGCGAAUGCUAGGAAAACAUGUUCAUAUCUUGGUUUAAUGAGAUAUUUCCAAAUGUACCAUAUAAAACUUGCAUUAAUUGGGUUGUCAUUGGAAAGGAUCUUUAACACAUAGAGAUACUUGCAUCAAUUUGGUGCGUACUGCAUGUGUCCGAACUGAUCCUGUCUUCUAAAAUUAUGAUACCUUUCAAAAUGCCUAAUAUGUGAAAUCAUAUGUAUAACGGCUCCUGAAUGUUUUC